AUGGUUGUUUUUUUUUUACAGUUUAUUAGUGCAAAUCAUUUGAGAAAGCACUUAGGUGAGCUCCCUCCUGCAUGUUCAUCGGACGCUGAAGAUAGAGAUGAAAACUUCAUGCUGCACCAUGACUUGAAGAUCAUCGCCACGUCUAUGGGGCUAGUGCAGUACGCCUGUCUUUUAGUAGGAUGUUUCACUUUGAAUUACGUAAACAGCGAGAAUUCGGACGGCAUUAAAAUAAAGUUGCGAGCAUUGUUAGUGGCGCUCCUUGGGGUGUCCAUGUCGGCAUGCGCUUUUGCAUCCCAACCCGUCGAACUAGAGCUGGACGACGACGAUGUCGCACAGAAACUUAACAACGUCAGCUUUGCUAGAAGUGCUAUGUCCGACUCCACUGCGGUAAAUAAUGAAAAUAUGGAUAUUCCAGAAACCGGCACGGGCAAUCAUGAAGUUUUAGCAACGUCACCAGUGCCAGAAGGAGCUGAAAACAUUCAAAAAGACCUCUCCGAAGUAUGGGAAGACGUGUUUGGAUCUACUGAUGACAAGGUCACAGACAUUCAGUUAUCUCAAUUAUGUCCUGUACAAAAUAAUGUAUCAACUAAUGCUACCGACGCAUCGAGCUCUAUAUUAGUUCAUGUUGCUGAAAAUUCUUUAACAGAUAACCAACAAUUUUCGCACAUGCUUGACAAUAACAACGAUCUAACGCCUUUUGCGCUUGAAGCACCGUCUAGCUUUGAAAACUCACCAGCUAUCAGCUUUGGCGACCUCCCUUCAAUUCCGACACAUUACAUUAAUUCUACGCCUAUGCCUUCUCCUUUAAAUACUCAUAAAAAUUGCCAUGAUGCCUUUUGUCCGACUCAUGAUGAUGACCACUGGACUAUGUCACCAUCAACUAGUAAUGCCCAUAGCACUACUAACUAUUACAGUGACGAUGAACUCUCUGCUCCACCAAAGAAAAGAUCUAAGAAACGGUUGCGACGUACAUCUGAGUGGUCUGACGUGAAACGUAAAUAUUUAAAAAACAUUGGUCAAAAAUAUGUCACGAAAAAAGGAAAGCAAUCCUGGUGGCGUCGAGGGGCUCGUUGGCUGGCUGCCCCAGCACUGUUGGUGGCGGCAUUAGAGACUGCAUCAGAUGCCAGCGAUGCCAUGCUCGCUGCCGUAUUGCGCGGCUCCGCGGAACCAGCGCGGGUCGCCGCGCAAACUGCCGCCGCUGCUCUGCUCAUCACCGUUGAAAUACUUGUGUGGUAUUUCAUUGCGAAAUUUUUCGAGUACAACCCUCCACCGCCACCCGAGGAACGCGGGAAAGAUAAUCUAAUGAGAGCAAUGCCACAAUAA